UCCCCACAACACCAGUCCAGUUAUGGCCGAGAAAACUGAACAGACUAAUGCCCCUUCUCCAGAUAAAGACCUAACCUUACCGGUCAUGUUUCCCGAACUGCAAACCGAAGUUGAAGAUGGUGCUACUACCUUCUCAUCGUCGACAUGCAACCCCAACCUGUGGAAGAUGUUGCAUGCAGCCGAGACCAGAUGGAGCGAGCAGUCUCAACCAUCCAACGGAAACGGGGCCGAGGUGUCCGUUGGGGCGGGAGAGACAGUGAUCGAAGCGUUAAAUAUGGAGAGGCAAAUCCAGUUUGCUGAUCAAAAGCAGGAGUUUAACAAACGUCUCACUAAGACCGGUCGUCACUCCCUGUCCCGCUCCCUCUCCCAUUCCUCCACAGACAGCUACAGCUCAGCUGCGUCGUACACAGACAGUUCAGAGGAUGAGAUGUCUCCUAGAGACAGGCAGCAGAGGAGCUCUAAGGGACAUCAAGACUUCUGCAUCAAGAACAUCAAACAGGCCGACUUCGGACGCAGGGAGAUCGAGAUUGCUGAACAAGAGAUGCCAGCUCUGAUGGCCCUGAGAAAGAGAUCAGGGGGAGAGAAACCGCUGGUUGGAGCUAAAGUAGUGGGCUGUACUCACAUCACCGCUCAGACCGCUGUCUUGAUGGAGACUCUGUCUGCGUUGGGGGCUCAGUGUCGCUGGGCAGCCUGUAACAUCUACUCCACCCAGAACGCUGUGGCUGCAGCUCUGGCUGAGGGAGGCUUCUCUGUGUUUGCAUGGAAGGGGGAGUCGGAGGAUGACUUCUGGUGGUGUAUUGACCGCUGUGUCAGCCUGGAGGCCUGGCAGCCCAAUAUGAUCCUGGAUGACGGGGGAGACCUGACCCACUGGAUCUUUAAGAAAUACCCCAACAUGUUCAAGAUGAUCAAGGGGAUCGUGGAAGAGAGUGUCACAGGGGUUCACAGGCUGUACCAGCUGUCCAAGGCAGGGAGACUGUGUAUCCCUGCUAUGAACGUCAAUGACUCCAUUACUAAACAGAAGUUUGACAACCUCUACUGCUGCAGGGAGUCCAUACUGGAUGGGUUGAAACGCUCUACAGAUGUGAUGUUCGGGGGAAAGCAGGUGGUGGUGUGUGGCUAUGGAGAGGUUGGUAAAGGUUGCUCUGCCGCUCUGAAGGCCAUGGGCUCAGUAGUGAACGUCACAGAGGUGGACCCCAUAUGUGCCCUGCAGGCCUGCAUGGAUGGCUUCAGACUGGUCAAGCUCAAUGAGGUCAUCAGACAGGUGGACCUGGUCAUCACCUGCACAGGCAACAAGAAUGUGGUAGCAAGAGAGUACCUGGACAGGAUGAAGAACGGCUGCAUUGUCUGUAACAUGGGACACUCCAACACUGAGAUAGACGUGGUGAGUCUGCGGACCCCAGAGUUGACCUGGGAGAAAGUGAGAUCACAGGUGGACCAUGUCAUCUGGCCCGAUGGCAAGAGAAUAAUCUUACUGGCUGAAGGUCGUCUGUUGAAUCUGAGCUGCUCCACGGUGCCCACCUUCGUCCUCUCCAUCACCGCCACCACACAGGCACUGGCUCUGAUAGAGCUUUACAACGCCCCAGAGGGACGAUACAAACAAGACGUCUACCUUCUGCCCAAAAAGAUGGAUGAGUUUGUGGCCAGUCUCCACCUGCCAACGUUUGAUGCCCACCUCACAGAGCUGACUGAUGAGCAGGGCAAAUACCUGGGCCUCAGCAAGACCGGACCCUUUAAACCUAACUACUACAGAUACUAAUCUAUGGUAGUGAAGACCAAAGAUGUACCAUAGCAUCCCAAAGACAUAUGUGGCUCAGAGGGAGGGAGGACCAGGAGACCUGGCUCAGAUUUGUGUUUGUGGGGGAACUAUAGCCCAGCACUGACGGGUAACACCACAACCAUGAUGUCUGACUGACCUUUAACCCCUGUCCUCUGACCUCUGCUGAGCCAUCUGACCUCACUGGAGGGCCGUCGUUGGUCUGAGAGAAUUGAUAUGCUGAGAAGCUCUUUUUUUAUGUACAUACUGUAUUAUUGUGAACAGAAGCAGAAAUGAUCAUUUCCCACCGGAUUCAUAUCCCAAGGCCAGACUCAGUUGCCGGGUUUGAGUUUUUUAUUUUCCAUUAUUUUUAUCUGUUGUCUGAAGUGGCGGGGUUUGGGGGAGGUGUAUGUUAUUUAGCAGAAUCUUACAUAUAAUAUCAAGUUGUAAUAGAGGAGCACAGAUUAUCUAAUAAAAAUAAAAAUAAAUCUUAUUUUCAAUCUUUCCAAAGAUAUCUAAAUAAUGUUUAAACUUUCUGAAUGAAAACAAAGCAGAUAAGUAAUAACAAAUAGGUUAAAGAUUAAUAAAAUGUUAAAUUUUA